GAUAAAAUCCACCACAUCGAGUCCCCGUAUAAAGUUUCUCCUGCUCAAUUAUAUUCAACUUCGUCUGGCAGGCUCUUUCAUGCAGGGAAAUUAUUAAUCUGUCUUUGUGGUUUGCCUGGUCGAGGUAAGACUCAUUUGUCGGUCUCGCUAACAAGAUACCUCAGAUGGUUAGGUGUUCCCACCCAAUCCUUUCAUAUCGACGACUACAGAAGGAACGAGAAAAAACUUUUGAACAUCGACUACAUAUCAAACGAAUUCUUCAAUCAAUCCAAUUCAAACAUCAAAAACUCAGAAAUCAAAUUGUUUAAAUUGAAAAUAAUCGAAAACUGUAAUAACGAUAUUCUAAACUUCUUCAACAACGACAACGGUCAGGUUGCCAUUUACGAUGCGAUUAAUGGUUCUGCAUCCUCCAGGAUCUUGUUGCAAAAGAAAUUUAACGAUAAUGACAUAAAAGUCCUCUUUAUCGAAUCUCUUAUUCUUGAUAAACAACUAUUGAAAAACAACUUAAAAGUCGCUUUAACCUCCCCUGAUUACAAAAAUUGGGAUAUCAGUCUCGCUAAAAUAGAUUUCCAAAACAAACUAAAACAAAGCGCUGAAGAAUACCAAGAAAUUAAUUCAAAUGUCCUCUAUGACGAAAAUCAACUCAUGUCCUACAUCAAAUUCAUCAAUUUCGGUGAAAGACUUAUAAUGAACAACUCCCAAUCCGGUUACAUCAUCAACAGAAUCGUUUUCUUCCUCUUGAACUCCCGUAUUAAAUCCGGCAAUAUAUAUUUUGCUAGAUGCUCUACAAACGAUGAUACCACUGACAAAAACUAUUCCGACAACUUAUCCAAAACCUUGGUCUCCCACAUUUUGAAAAAAAAACAAAAGCUAUCCGUCAGCGAUUUGCCCCAAAACUUGACUGUUUGGUGCUCCCAUGCUACCACUAGUGUUCAAACUGCAAACUCCUUCAGCACAAAUUACAACAUCCCAAUAGUCGAAAGAACUCAAUUAGCUAGAUUGAACACUGGCUCCACCGAAAAUUUAUCAAAUGAACAAAUCAAAAAAGAAUUUCCUCUUGAAUAUCAUAAUUAUAAAGUCGAUCCUUACCACACAAGAUAUCCAAGAUCAGAAAGUUACCAUGACGUUUCUGUUAGAAUCGAACCUUUAAUCUUGCAAAUUGAAAGAAUCACCCAAGAUAUCUUAAUAAUCGCUCAUGAAAGCGUCCUAAGAGUCCUAUACGGUUAUCUAAUGACUAGCUCAACUAAUGACAUUCCAUUUUUCAAAUUUCCUCAAGAUGAAAUCCUCGAAAUCAGUUACAAUGCCUAUUCCAACUCGGUUAAAAAGAUAAAAAUC